AUGGAAGCUGAUACUAUUGAAGCUGACUUUAUCACUAACGAUCUGACACCAGAUGCGUUCCCCGCAAGUGGCUCUAUGGACGGAGGAUCAGUUGCGAAGAGAGGGACCCUAGACGAAUCAAUACUAAAAACAUUCAAGAGAGACAUUGGAGAUAUAAAUUCCCGUUUGAAGCAAGUUGUGUAUCCCAAUUUUUUAAUUAAACGUCUGGACGGUAGCGAGCAAGAUUUUACCAAUGCAUCAAUUCACUGUGAUUUAUGGGCACCGUUGACAUUUAUCAUUCUAUAUGCAGUUUCAGUUUCUCCGGCUCAUGCUAAAACUCUUUUUUCAAGUCUUUUCGUUUCCCAGUGGUUUGUACUAUUGGUAAUGGCAACGCAUUUAAGAUUGACAAAGCCCCAAGCAAAAACUUCCUUAAUUUCUUAUGUUUCCGUUUCAGGGUACUGUCUUUUCCCACAAGUAGUGAACGCAGUCAUUUCAAGGUUACUAUUACCACUAAUUCUAAAAGUUGCUCAUAACUCAUCGUGGUGUAUUAGAGCUCUUGUGCUGUUGCGUAUGUUACUAAUGGGAAUCUGCUUAUUUUGGUCAGUGAGCUCGAUCUCUUUCGUCACGAAAAGUAAUAAUUUCAUCGAAGUUUAUCCACUAGCGUUGUGCUUUUUCGGUAUUGGCUGGUUGACAGUAAUACUGUGA